AUGCCCAGGGCUUGGGCUACCCCCGACGGCAACUGCACGCGGCUCUUCCCCUUCUUCUCGGACUUCAAGGACGCCAACCGCGUGGCGCUCAGCGCCUUGGAGACCGCCGUGCUGGCGUCGAUUUUUGUGCUCGCCUUGGCAGCCAACGCCUGCGCCAUCCGACUUCUGGCGCGCCGCAGAGGCCGGCUGAGUGCCGCCACCUGCCUGGUGCUCAACCUCUUUUGCGCCGACUUGCUCUUCAUCAGCGCCAUCCCCAUCGUCGUCGUGGUACGCUGGACCGAGACCUGGACUAUGGGCGACGCCGUCUGCCACCUGCUCUUCUACCUGAUGAGCCUCAGCGGCAGCGUUACCAUCCUUUCCUUGGCCGCCGUCAGCCUGGAGCGCGUGGUCAGCAUCGUCCGGCUCAGGCCCUCGCAGACCUACAAAGGCAAGCUGGUGGGCGCCCUCCUGCUGCUCAUCUGGGCCUUCUCGGCUAUAGCCACCCUCCCCCUCUGCCUCUUCUUCACGGUCCAGCCGUUGCCCGUCAAGGACCGGGAAGUGUACAUAUGCACCUUGAAUUGGCCCAGUAUUUCCGGAGAAAUCGCUUGGGACGUGUCUUUUGUCACUGUGAUCUUCUUAAUACCAGGAUUGGUCAUUGUAAUUAGUUAUUCAAAGAUCUUACAGAUUGCUAAAGAAUCAAGGAGACGUCUGAAUGCUGGUAUGGCCUACUCAGAGCGUUAUCAUAUUCGAAUUUCCCAACAAGACUUCAAACUGUUGCGGACUCUGUUUAUAUUGAUGAUUUCUUUCUUUAUUAUGUGGAGCCCGAUAAUCAUUACCAUUCUUCUCAUUUUAGUGCAGAAGUUCCAACCAGAUGUGAACCUUCUGCCUUCCUUUUUCUUUUGGAUAGUAGCUUUCACAUUUGCUAAUUCAAUUGUCAAUCCAGUGUUAUAUAAUGUAGCCCGCUACAGACAUCAGUGGAGGCAAUCUUUUUUCUGUUGCCCCCGUCCUGGGAAAAAAGAGGCUGCGACAGACACUACACUAAGGCAACAUAACCACAGACAUUUUACCUUGUCUGCUAUUUCUACAUAACUAUGUGAAGUUUUGACAGGGAUAAUCUCAUCAAUUUUUUAGAACUGUGUGCUGAAGAAAGUGUCUGGGAAAGGGGGAUAUGGGUGGAAUCAAAAUAUCAACAGCUUUUGCAGCUUUGUACAGAAUAUUCUGGUACUAGAAAGUCUGUUAGCCCUGCAGAAAAUGGAAACAUUUUAGUUGAGCAUAAGUAUCUUAUAGAAAGUGAUUGUACUUUUCAGGAUCUUCAGCAUA